GGUUGCAAUCCACCCAUACUGUGGGCUCCCACCUUUGUCGCUCGCUAAACAUAGUAAAGUAGGUGUCUAGGGAUAUAAUCGGGGACAAUGGACUCUUGAAACCGACAUACAGUGCAUGCGUAAUCAUACAUUUUGAACAUGAAUUGACCCUACCCAUUAUAUAUAAAGCGCCUUGCUAGGCAGAGACAUCGACAAUCACUUACCUGGCCUUGGUAGCACUGGUUUGUUUUAAAUCUACAUCAGAACUUCAGUUUGGAAAUGCAUUGACCUUUUUUAUACUAAUGUAAUUAGUAUAUAUCUUUUCAUUAUAAUUAACUGUUCCUGUCAUUUGGUUUUUAUGUUGUGUGAUUUAAACUGUGUUUCGGACUACAUUCAACACCAUGCUGAAUCGUGAGCACGGAGAGAUGAAUGUUUCUGGGAGUUAUCAGGAGCAGCAGUCGUGGUACCGCGACGCCUUCAUCAAGAACCUGACUGUUGUUCUCCUCGGGAUCGUUAUAAACUACCUCAACGGCAGCAUGGUGCAUACCUUCCACCGAGAAGAGGUCCUCCGAGAAAACCCCCGCUACGUGCUCUUCAUCCACCUGGUGGUCAACGACAUGAUCCAACUCUUCAUCACUAUCUCCCUCUUCAUCUGCACCUAUGUCUUUCUCACCAUCAACGUGUCAGUAUGCUGCUUGCUGAUGAUUGCUGCUGUCUUCACCACCCAGAACACCCCUCUCAACCUGGCCACCAUGGCGGUGGAGUGCUACGUGGCUGUCUGCCUCCCGCUCCGCUAUGCCACGGUGUGCACGUUGUGGCGUGCGCACCUGGCCAUCGGCCUGAUGUGGGCGACCAGUGCUCUGACGGUGCUUCCCGACCUCUUCAUACUUUUAGCCACCGAGCCGCUGAGUUUCUUCCUGUCCCGCGUUCUCUGCGACCGGGACAGAGUGUUCCGCAGCAUCUACAGCGUGGCCAAGCGAGACGCCACCAACAUCACCUUACUAGUCAUCGUGUGGCUCACGCUCCUCUACACCUACUUUAACAUCUUGUUCGCCGCAAGGUCAGCCAGCAAGGACGCCAAGAAAGCGCACAACACCGUCCUGCUGCAUGGCUUCCAGGUGCUGCUGUGCAUGAUGGUGUAUGUUCAGCCCAUGAUGCUGAAGGGCUUCAUGCAGCUCUUCCCUGGAAGCUUCUCUGGGGUGCAAUUCACCGCUUUUGUCCUGACCCAGAUUCUUCCCCGUUUUGUCAACCCACUCCUGUACGGCCUCAGAGACAAGACCUUCCGGAGGUACCUGAAGAAGUAUAUCCUGGGUAGGAGCCGGCCCUGCGGCCGGAUGAAGAGCUUCUCCUGAGCAACCGUUGAGUUUCAUUCAAAUGUGGGGUAUUAAAAUUAGCAUUUAUAU